AUGGAUUUAAACAAAAUGCAAAAUGAAUUUGAUAAAGCAAUUUCAUUAACUAUUGAUGCUAAACGUGACGACAACAAAUCGUUCAUGAAUAAUGAAGAAUACGAUCGUCGUAUAGAAGUCGAUCACUUGACAAAAUUUGUUAUACUUAAACCACUAAAGACUAAGCGAGCAGAAGAAAUAGCAUAUAACUUAAUGGAAAUGUAUACACCUUUUGGAGCGCCAGCAAUUCUACAUUCCGAUAAUGGGAGAGAGUUUGUUAUUAGUGUAAUUAAUGAAUUACAUUCUGUGUGGGGUGAUGUUAAUAAAUGGUUCACGGAAAACCAAGACAUAGUCAGAGGAUUAAAAUUCAUCCAAUUUCGAAAAAAUCGUGCUUUUCAUUCUGGUAUCGGUCGAUCACCUUAUGAGGCGAUGUUUGGUUGUCCAGCUCGUUUAGGUGUUGCAUCAAUUGGUUUACCGGUAGACGAAAUUAGCUCUUUGAAAUCUGAGGAAGAUAUUGAAUGUAUUUUGAAGUCAAACAAAGACGAGGGAGCCGAAGAAAAUGUACCGUGUACUAGUAACUUAGAACAAGUGACUAGUGACCAGAACUUGUUGAUCAACGAAAACAAAAUAUACUUGAUGCACGUCAAUCAUCUGGGCACAAUUUAG